CAGAGUUGAUAUGAAAACACGUGGAUCCACGGUUGAAAUGGCUUCUUCUGAAGAGCCGAAAGCCAUGCAGGGUGGAGUUAAGACGAGAGAAGACACAGAGGUCAAUAAGCGGAUUAGCACUCCAGCCCCGCUGCCAUUUUGCAAGCUUCUGAGCUAUGCAGAUGCGUUAGAUUGGGCACUGAUGGCUCUGGGAACGCUGGGAUCCAUUGUCCAUGGCAUGGCACAACCCAUAGGCUAUCUGCUGCUGGGAAAGGCACUCAAUGCAUAUGGUAGCCACAUCAAGGACACUAACAAAAUGGUUGAAGCUCUCGAUAAGGUUAUUCCCUAUGUGUUCUACAUGGCCAUUGCCACAUUUCCUGCAGGAAUUUUAGAGAUAGGAUGUUGGAUGUAUGCUAGUGAAAGACAGGUAACACGUUUAAGAUUGGCAUACUUGAAGGCAGUGCUUAGCCAGGAGAUUGGGGCUUUUGAUACGGAUUUAACACCUGGAAAGAUCAUCACUGGAAUAACCAACCACAUGGGCAUCAUACAAGAUGCUAUUGGUGAGAAGCUGGGCCAUUUUCUCUCAAACUCUUCAACUUUCUUCUCUGGGGUCUUGAUCGCUUUCAUCUGUUGCUGGGAAGUGUCUCUCCUUUCCUUGUUGGUUGUUCCAAUGAUUCUUAUAAUUGGAGCCUCUUAUACAAAGAAAAUGGAUGCCAUUUCAGUCGCAAAGACAUUUCACCAGUCAGAAGCCACAUCAAUGGUAGAACAGACAAUAUGCCAAAUCAAAACAGUCUUUGCAUUUGUUGGAGAGAUGUCGGCAGUGAAGUCAUUCUCAGAGUGCAUAGAGAGACAAUUUAUAUUAAGCAAGGAAGAGGCACUUAUAAAGGGAGUUGGAACUGGCAUGUUCCAAACUGUUACCUUUUGUUCUUGGGCAUUGAUCGUAUGGGUUGGAGCCAUUGUUGUCACAGCCAAGAGAGCAAGCGGGGGCUAUGUGAUAGCUGCAGUUAUGAGCAUUCUCUUCGGUGCUAUAUCACUCACAAAUGCUGCGCCAGACCUGCAAAUAUUCAAUCAGGCAAAGGCUGCGGGGAUGGAAGUUUUUCAAGUGAUGGAAAGAAAGCCCUUAAUAUGUUACAGUUUGAAAGGGAACACACUUGAGGCAGUUGACGGCAACAUUGAGUUGCGUGAUGUGUACUUUUCUUACCCAUCAAGGCCAGAGAAAUUGAUUCUUAAAGGGUUCUCAUUGUCAAUUCCAGCGGGGAAGGUAGUGGCAUUCGUCGGUAGUAGUGGGUGUGGGAAGAGCACCAUCAUCUCUCUGGUGGCAAGAUUCUACGAUCCCUCAAAAGGUGAGAUCCUCAUUGACAAUCAUGACAUCAAAGAUCUAGAUUUGAAGUUCCUCAGGAAAAGCAUUGGAGCAGUUUCGCAGGAGCCAUCACUCUUUUCUGGCACCAUCGGAGAUAAUAUGAAGGUGGGGAAUAUGGAUGCAGAUGAAGAACAGAUGAAGAAAGCAGCAGAAAUGGCAAAUGUGCACUCUUUCAUAUCCCAACUUCCGCGUCAGUACUUAACAGAGGUAGGAGAAAGGGGCGUGCAACUAUCAGGUGGACAGAAACAGAGAAUUGCAAUAGCAAGAGCCAUUCUGAAGAAUCCUCCAAUUCUUUUGCUUGACGAGGCCACAAGUGCACUAGAUUCAGAGUCAGAGAAGCUAGUCCAAGAUGCCCUCGAGACAGCAAUGCAAGGAAGAACAGUCCUCUUAAUUGCACACAGGAUGUCAACCAUUGCUAAUGCAGACAUGAUAGUAGUUUUAGAAAAUGGGCAAGUUAAAGAAACAGGAACACACCAAAGCUUGUUAGACACAAGCAAUUUUUAUAAUAGCUUAUUUAACAUGCAGAAUCUCAGCACAGAAGGUGACUCAAGAAAAGUGACAGAUCCAACUGGAGAACUCACAAAUGUGCAACAAAAGUUUUCGCCUCAAUAUCACACAAAAGUUGGCGAAGCCAUAGAGCUCAGUGGACAUCACGGGGAUCCUCCACAGCAAGAGAAGCAGAUUGGGAGAAGAAAAACAGCAAUAUUCUUCCGAAUCUGGUUUGGCUUGAAGAAGAAUGAGCUUGUAAAGACUGCCCUUGGCUCUUUUGCAGCAGCCUUUUCUGGCAUCUCAAAGCCUGUAUUUGGGUACUUCAUCAUAACAAUAGGUGUGGCAUAUUACAAGGGGCACGCGAGGAGGAAAGUAGGAUGGUACUCCAUAGCCUUUUCUUCAAUUGGAUUGCUUUCAUUAUUCAGCCAUACCUUGCAGCAUUAUGUGUUUGGGGUGAUUGGAGAGAAGGCCAUGACCAAUCUUAAAGAAGCUCUCUAUGCAGCUGUUCUACGUAACGAAUUAGCUUGGUUUGAGAAACCUGAGAACAGCAUCGGCUCACUCACCUCACGGAUCAUGAAUGAUACCAAGAUGGUAAAAACCAUAAUUGCUGAUCAAAUGUCAGUUAUCGUCCAAUGCAUCUCUUCCAUACUGAUUGCAACAACAGUUAGCAUGAAGGUGAACUGGAGAAUGGCUUUGGUAGCUUGGGCUGUGAUGCCAUGCCAUUUCAUUGGUGGCCUCAUCCAUGCCAAGUCUGCUAAAGGAUUUGCCAGUGACACUGCUACGGCACACUCAGAUCUUGUUGCCCUUGCUUCUGAAUCUGCCAGCAACAUAAAAACCAUUGCAUCAUUUUGUCACGAAGAUCAUAUACUUGAGAAAGCCAAAAUAUCUCUGGAAAGCCCAAUGGAGAACACCAAAAGACAGAGUAUCAAGUAUGGGCUGAUUCAAGGUGCAUCCCUUUGCUUAUGGAACAUUGCACAUGGUGUUGCUCUGUGGUACACAAAAAUCUUGGUUCACAGAAAUCAAGCUAGUUUCGAGGACGGAAUAAGAUCAUAUCAGAUUUUCUCCCUUACAGUACCUUCAAUUACAGAGCUUUGGACACUGAUGCCCACUGUGAUCUCUGCCAUCAGCAUAUUAACUCCUGCAUUUGUAACUCUUGACAGGCAAACUGAUAUUGACUCAGACACACCACAAGAAUCGGAUCUGCAGAUGAUAAAAGGGAAUAUCGAAUUUCAAAAUGUUCAUUUCAAUUAUCCUUCACGCCCAGAAGUAACUAUACUCGAGGACUUCAGUUUGCAAAUCGGAGCUGGGUCAAAGGUGGCUCUUGUUGGGCCAAGUGGAGCUGGCAAGUCAUCUGUCUUGGCCCUUCUGCUGAGAUUCUAUGAUCCCAGAGAAGGCAGGGUACUAAUUGAUGGCAAGGAUAUAAAAGAAUAUAACCUGAAGAAGCUAAGGGCCCAAAUUGGGUUUUUACAGCAAGAGCCACUUCUUUUCAGCUGCUCAAUUAGAGAAAACAUCUGUUAUGGGAAUGACAGGGCUUCUGAAGCUGAAAUCAUGGAGGUCUCGAGGGAAGCAAACAUACAUGACUUCAUCAGCAGUUUAGCAAAUGGCUACGAUACAGUGGUUGGGGAAAAAGGAUCCCAACUUUCUGGGGGACAAAAGCAGAGAAUUGCCAUAGCAAGGACUUUACUAAAGAGGCCAGCAAUCAUGCUUUUAGAUGAAGCAACAAGUGCCCUUGACGGGGAGUCUGAGAAAGCUAUAGUAAGUGCUUUGGAGUCAGCAAAACUGAAAAACAAGGAUGGUUUAUUGUCCAACAUCACACAGGUGACUGUUGCACACAGACUUUCCACAGUUAUAGACUCUGACACUAUAUUUGUCAUGGAUAAAGGAAAGGUCGUGGAGAUGGGUACCCACUCAACUCUAGUAGCAACAUCUACUGGAAUCUAUUCAAGACUCAGCCACCUCCAAAGUAUCCAUGAAAAAUAA